AAAGCGAUGUAAAAUUCCAAAAGCACAUCGAGAGAGCAGAAAAGCCAACUCUAAUAUGUUUCCACUUCUCUUCACGUGACCUUCCUUCACUUCUCUCGAUACUCCCCACUUGUCUUCUCCGUCACUCUUUCAUCUCCUCCGACAACCUAGGCAGUAGCCUCCACUGAAACCAGAAGAAUCCACCCUAACUAUCUCAAGCAAGAUUUAGUUUAGUUCGAGAACCCAUCUCUCUUUCUUGAUCAUCAUCAUCAUCAUCAUCUCCACCAAUCCAAUCCAAACCAUAGUAAUGCCUCAACAACCCCACCAUUCCUUUCUUCUUCUCUCCAUCUUGAUGCUUAUCUGUUCUCUAUAUAGCAUUAUUUCAGCAGAUCCUCGGUUCCAUGAAUGUACUUCGAAGCAAGAUACAUCCUUGAGAUCUUCUUCAUGCCCUCCAUUCGCAUCCACUUCUCCUCCUCCUUUCCCCUUCUCUUUAUCACCUGGUUGUGGCCACCCUUUCUUUCAACUAAAAUGCUCUUCUCCUCACUCCAUAAUCUCCAUCAAUAACCUCUCUUUUGCUCUCCUUCACUUCGACCCCAACUCCUCCUCUCUUCUUCUAUCUCCUCAACUCUCCUCUUUAACAUCCUCAACAACGAUAAGACCCGCUGCUACUUGCUUUAGUGAUCUUUCUUCCAUUCCUGCCCAUUCCAUCAAUCUCUCCGGUUCACCAUUUCGAGUUUCUGACUCUUAUUGUUCUCGGCUUUCUGUUCUGCGCUCUUGUUCCCCACCAAAUCUCCCAAACUGCAGCCACUGUCCCUGGGAGUGUAAGCUCGUCAAGAACCCACUUAACCUCCUAAAUGACUGUGGAUCUGCCACUCCUCGUAGUCUCCAAAAGCAGGGAUGUCAAACCGACAUCUUAGAGUACCUUGACAAUUUCUUGAAAUUCGGGUUCCAAGUUGAGUACGAUGAGUCUCAAGACUCCUACUUCUCCAGCUGCAGGGAAUGCAAAUCCAAGAAAGGAAUCUGUGGCUUCAAUUCCUCAGAUCCAGAAAAGAAUUUCUUUUGUUUUCAGUCCAGAACUCGGUUUUCACCUACAUGGAUUCACCAAAAUGACCCAAACCGAGUCGCCAUUUUGUGCUCCAUCUCCGCAGUGUUAUGUGUUGUAAUUGCCGUUUUGGUUUUUGGAAUUGUUGUUAGGUAUAGGCGAUUGAAAUCAUUGAAAACAGAAGACGACCCAACGACACUGUUCCUUCACCGCCACCGCUCUGCUAGUCUUCUACCUCCUGCGUUCACCUUCGAGGAGCUUGAAUCCUCAACUAACAGGUUUGACCCCAAGCGUAAAAUUGGAGAUGGAGGGUUUGGGUCUGUGUAUCUAGGCCAGCUCUCUGAUGCCAGAAUCGUUGCUGUUAAAUACCUCCACAGGCACCACCAAGCUGCAGCCGCUGGCAGAGCAUUUUCAACCAAGUCAUUCUGCAACGAAAUCUUGAUAUUAUCUUCAAUAAAUCAUUCAAAUCUCGUUAAACUUCACGGGUAUUGCAGUGAUCCAAGAGGGUUACUUCUGGUGUAUGACUACGUCCCCAACGGCACUCUCGCUGACCACCUCCAUGGAACAAACAACUUGCACCGUAAAAGUUCUUUAACGUGGCAAGUGAGGCUUGAUAUCGCAUUGCAAACGGCUUUAGCUAUAGAGUACUUGCAUUUCUCAGUUAAACCACCCAUUGUUCACAGAGAUAUUACAUCAUCCAAUAUUUUUAUAGAGAGAGAUAUGAGAAUCAAAGUGGGUGAUUUUGGGCUUUCAAGGCUUUUAGUCUUGCCUGAAACAUCUUCAUCUUCAUCUGGGUAUGUUUGUACCGGGCCUCAAGGCACACCUGGAUACUUGGACCCAGAUUACCACCGGUCGUUCCGGUUAACAGAGAAGAGUGAUGUUUACAGCUUUGGAGUGGUUUUGUUGGAGCUGGUUUCAGGUUUGAGGGCAGUGGACCAGAGUAGGGACAAGAGGGAGAUGGCUUUGGCUGAUCUUGUAGUAUCCAAAAUCCAAAUGGGUCUGCUUCGUCAGGUUGUUGACCCUGUUUUAGGUGUUGAUGGGGAAACUAUGAACGGUAUUGAAUCCGUGGCUGAGCUGGCCUUCAGGUGUGUGGCGGCGGACAAGGAUGAUCGGCCAGAUUCAAGGGAGGUUGUGGAGGAGCUGAGUCGGAUUCGAAGCCGAAUGAUUGGGCAUUAAGUAAAUUGUCACGACCGGAAUCAGAACCAUCACAGCAUAUCUGCAUUAUCUGGUGGGCAGUUGUGCGAAGGAGUUGGCAUGGCUGAAGGUUUUGAUUAUGAUGUGGGCAUGGCUGUGCUCUGGUGUGGGGAGAUCAGUUGUUGAUUGGUGUGGUUUGGGGCUUUUGAUUGACCUGACUGCUAGUCAUAGUUGGGCGUUUUAUGUUGUCUGGUUUGAUUACAGACACGUGUAGUUUAUGAUGAAGAGAAGAUGUCCAUGCCUUGUAAGUAGUUAGCUGUCUUUACAGUUUAUCCAAAUAUUCAAUUGUCAAUUUUGCUCUCAUCACAGCAACUAUGAAGAGGAAACCAUGCAUAUUUUAUGGAGUAUGAAAGUUCGUUCUGGGUGUAGCAAGGAGUCCUAGAAUUGUUGCAAGCUCAUCCUUUUUGGCUCUGUUCU